AUGCCGCUGUAUGCCAUCAAUGCAAGCAGAGGUGUUCGCUUCCAUGGAGUGCCUCCACGUGGUGCACAGAUCUGCCGUCUCCCCGCCAGGUACAGCCACGAGGCCAGUGACGAAGACGAGGAGCUCGACUGGCCGGCUCAGUCAGAAGCAUCAGAUUCAUCACAGAGUGUGAACGAUUUCGUCUUGAACCCGCCGGAUGGAAUGUCAGAGGUUGAUUCGGGUUCUGCUGCAAGCCCUACUGUCAGUCGGCACAGCUCCACGUACGAGCUGCCAAGAUUCGGCCUUGCAAACUCCGACCUUUCCGAGACCGACUUUCUUGGUGUCGGCGAGGAGACGGAUGACAGCGACUCCGAGUCUGAUCUCUCGAAUGUCCACGAGGUUGAUCUUGAGGAUGAUGAAGAGAUCCAAGAAAUACCAAAUCCUCCGCAGCUGCCCUCCGUGGCAGAGGAGCGCUUGCAGGAGGUCUGGCCUUUGGGUGAGGCGGCCUUUGGCAUCUUCAUCUGUCCCAUCACUCACGAUGUGAUGACGGAUCCGGUAGUCUGUGCCGAUGGGUACACCUACGAGCGCACAGCAAUUAGCAGAUGGUUCGAGACGUCACGGAAGAGCCCUGUUACGGGUCAGAGCCUGCCUCAUGUGGAAAUGGUGCCAAACCAGUCUGUCAGAACGCUGCUCAAGACUCUCAUCGACAUGAGCGACAAGCCUCAGGAAUCGUCCAGCCACAGAGCUUCGGUGGAGUCACCCGAGAAAUCCCACGAAGAGACGCCGGCAGCGGAGAAAGACAGCAAGCAGCCAGAGACAGAGCUACAAGCACGGCUACAGAUGAUAUCUAUGUCAUCGGGACAGAUGUCUGGAGACAACUCGGGAGACGAGAAACCUUGCUUAUGCCGUCGGCCAUCCUCGUCGGUCGAUACAGAGACGGACUUGGUGCGCGGGUCCUCUUCCAGCAGCUCUUCAUCAUCCUCGUCGGGUCAGCAGAGCGAGUGCCGUCGCGGCAGUUCGGAGUCCAGGAUAUCUGCCUUGACAACAUGA